AUGGGUACAUAUAAGCAUGACUGUUCUGAGCAUCACAAGUUAAUUAUGGCUGUUGAAACGGUUCUGCUGGUGUCGCAGACAUCAGCAAAACUUACCAACAUUCCUCAAAUAACAAUUGUUAAGGAUCUGAAUGCUCUGAUUGCGCACAUAACACAGCGUAAUACAACUGUGGAUGAGUUCAAAUUGUUCGUUCCGUUAGACGUUAAAUCAACGCUGAUCAAAGAUCCAAUAUACCAGUUUUCACAAGUCCGAGUGAUUUAUGUUUACUGCAAGAAUCGCGAAGAUGUAAAGGACCCUGUGAAACAAACUCCAAAGGUUGAGGGGAAAUUUCGAUCUAUCGAUGAACGCUCUUUAAGUGCGCACAUAAGAAAUGCGGCUGGUGCUGAAAAAGAUUCACAGCAUCAAGCAUCAUCGAUGGACGCAGAACGAAUAAAUAUUAAACGGCACUAUGGGUAUGCCGAUGAUCUGCCGGCACCGAAGCGGAACGCUACUGACUCGAGUUCUGGUUAUAACGUCGGAAAUAUAGGAGAUUUCGGAAAACAUUAUACUUGUGGGAUCUGCACACUCCUUUUGCGCCAACCGUAUCAGUUAGCUUGUGGUGAUCGAGUGUGCGCGAAUUGUAUAAAAAUGAAGCCACAUGAAAUACAAUGUAACAAUUGUGGCGAAGUGACUUCGAAAAGCGAGGCGUGGUUUGAUCGAGGUGCUUUCAAUUAUUUGAACGAAUCCUUGGUCAAGUGUUUCUUGUGCCAAUGGACCAACAGGCUUCAACUCUAUCAGCGGCAUAUCGAUGAAUAUCAUCAUGGAAGCGUUCGAAGUGGAUCGGCUACUUGUGGUACUGAAGAAAGUCGUUUACAAUCGCGCGGUUUAUCGACACAUUCACAUAUUAAUAUAAAUAAUAUCGCAAUUAGCGAUUAUAGACCAGUGCUAUAUAAUGGGGCUGAAUCUCAACUACAACAAAACCACUAUUUGUCCUUAGAAGAACAAAAUGGCCUCUUUGUCAACUCUGAUGGAAUGAUUACAUGGCAGAUUUCUGGUCUUGAAGACAAAUUUCACGAUGCGCAAACGCAGAGACAACAGUCCAUGUACUCUCCAACUUUCAUCACACCGUCAGGUUACAAUAUGUGCGUGAGAUUAUAUCCACAUGGAGAUGCCGAUGUCAGAGGAACGCACAUGUCCAUAUAUGCUGUUUUACUACGCGGUGAUCACGAUGAUCGUUUAAUAUGGCCAUUGUCAUGUAGACUACAAUUCGUACUAGUAGAUCAAACUAGAAUUAAUGGCAUUGAACAACAUCUUUCUGAAGAGAUAUGGUCUGAUUUUCACUCCAAGUGUUUUGAGCGACCAGAUACCAUGAUGAACCAAGGUUAUGGUAUAAAAAAAUUCGUCGAUUUAGAAGUCAUCCAUCAGCACAAAAACUUGUAUAUAAAAGAUGAUACCAUAUAUAUACAAGUGAUCGUCGAUUCAUCAAGUACUCGUCCAGAAAUGGUACCUGAAAACAACAUUGGAGACACCCCUAAUGAUGAUAACCACGUUGAUACUAUCCUCGAAGAUAUCGAGGAGUGUAUUAGAGAGCAGUAA